AACGCCAUCACGCCACCGCUCCGCAUUCUCUUCGUCUAUCCGCUAGUCUUCGUAGCCUGCCGUUGAGCUAUCGCAAAAUGUCGGCUCGUUACUUGGUUAACAGCGCUCUCCGCAGCCCAGCGGUGCUCAGACCCGCUGCUCCUUCUCUCACCCGAUCUGUCCCUCGCUCUUUCGCUAGCAUUGCUCAGAGGCAGCCCAUCACGCAGACCACGACUCUGCCAAAUGGUCUUACCGUUGCGACAGAAUCCAGCCCUUCCGCACAGACGGCCACCGUGGGUGUCUGGAUUGAUGCUGGUUCGCGAGCGGAGACGGACAGGACCAACGGAACUGCGCAUUUCUUGGAGCACAUGGCCUUCAAAGGCACGGGUCGCCGCAAUCAGCACGCCUUGGAGCUGGAAGUAGAGAACCUGGGUGCGCACCUCAACGCAUACACUUCCCGAGAGCAAACAGUCUACUACGCCAAGGCUUUCCGCAAGGACGUGCCCCAAGCAGUGGACAUCAUUUCUGAUAUUUUGCAAAAUUCCAAAUUGGAGAACGGUGCCAUCGAGAGGGAACGCGAUGUGAUUCUGCGCGAGCAGGAGGAGGUCGACAAGCAGCUGGAUGAGGUCGUGUUUGAUCACCUCCACUCCGUGGCUUUCCAAGGACAAGCCUUGGGACGCACCAUCCUUGGACCCAAGGAGAACAUUCUCUCCAUCAAGCGCGACGAUCUCGCCUCCUACAUUCAGACCAACUACUCCGCCGACCGAAUGGUUCUCGUUGGUGCUGGUGGUAUUGAACACGACGCCCUUGUGAAGCUGGCCGAGAAAAAUUUUGGCAGCCUGCCCACUUCUUCCAAUCCCAUCAAGCUGGGCAACACCGCUGGUCCCAAGACCAAGUUCGUAGGGUCUGAGGUCCGCAUUCGCGAUGAUGACUCGCCCACCAUCAACCUUGCCAUCGCGGUCGAGGGAGCUGGGUGGUCUAGCCCUGACUACUUCCCCUUGUUGGUUCUGCAAGCCAUCAUGGGCAACUGGGACCGAUCUCUUGGAUCGAGUCCUCUGCUCAGCUCGCGCUUGUCUCACAUUUACUCUUCCAACAACUACGCCAACUCCUUCAUGCACUUCAGCACCUCCUACUCCGACACAGGUCUUUGGGGCAUCUACAUUGUCUCGGAAAACUUUAUGAACUUGGACGAUGUGGUGCACUUUACCCUGAGGGAGUGGCAGAGGAUGAGCUCGGCGCCUACUGAGGGAGAGGUGGAGAGAGCAAAGAGCCAACUCAAGGCAAGCUUGCUUCUGGGUCUGGACGGAACCACCGCGAUCGCGGAGGACAUUGGUCGUCAACUCGUCACUACUGGUCGCAGAGCUACACCUGCGGAAAUCUCUGCCGCCAUCGAGGCUGUUGGACCUGCUCAGAUCCAACAAGUCGCCCGCAAGUACCUUUGGGACGCUGAUAUCGCCAUCUCCGCUCAUGGUCGCGUGGAAGGAUUGCUCGACUACAGCAGAAUUCGCAACGACAUGUCGAGCAUGGUGUGGUAAAGAACUCCCGUCUACCGCAUUGUGCCAGACGCCUGUAUUCGCGUAGACUUGCGCCUUCUGUAGACCGGAGCGAGCAAUCAAAUUGUCGUCGUCUUUAGGAAA